AUGGCUGUUGCAUUCUUAUUGUCAUUGGUGCAAACUUUGAUUCUACUAGCAUCAUGCUUGUAUUUUGUGUACAAAGUGGUUGUCCAUCGUCGAUAUAAUCUACCACCUGGUCCACAAGGAUGGCCUUUGAUUGGGUUAGUGCUGCAAUGUUGUGAACACACACAUUUGAAGUUCCACAAAUGGAGUCAAACUUACGGUGACGUAUUCAGUGUAAAGCUUGGGGUACAGUUAGUGGUUGUACUCAAUAGCUACGAUGCGAUAAGAGACGCGUUUCUGCAUACAUCAACAAAAGUUGCAGACCGUCCGAAGCAGUGGAUAAUCAGCAGAGCAACAAAUCAGAAAGGUGUGGCCACUCUAUGGAACGACUGGAAAGUUACACGUAAACAUAUGAUCAAGUCAGUAAAUGAAUAUGUUGUGAAAAAUGAAGGAAUGGAAAAGAUUGUGAAGGCAGAAUGUGACGUCUUAGAAAAGUACAUCACUAAUAGUGCAGGAAAACCAAUAUCUUUAAGACAUGUUAUCUAUAAUGUAGUUGGCAACAUUUUGUGUACAGUGGUGUUCAGUAAAAGGUAUAAUUACUGUAAUGAUAAUUUCAGAACACUUUUGGCAAGGGUGUCUGAAAAAGCCGUGACCAAUACCAAUUUAUUAACAUUUCUACCAUUAUUUUGGUAUAUUCCUUCAUCCAAGAAACGCUUCUUUCUGUCACUUGAAUCAGAAGUGUCAUCAUUUAUCAGAGACAUGAUUAUCGAGCGUCGACAACAGUUGCUCGACAAAGAACCUGAAAAUAUUAUAGAUUCGUUUCUGAUUGAACCAGAUACAUAUGGCGAUGAUAUCACAAACCUAGUUGAAGCUGCAAAAAGUAUGUUCAUACCAGGGAUACAUACAACAUCCGGAACAUUAUUGUGGGGAAUACUUUACCUAGCCAUGAACCCGGAGAUCCAGGAGAAGUGUUACUCAGAAAUAGUGGGAGUGGUGGGAAUUGAACAACAUCUGACAUUUCAGAAUAGGGGAAAUCUCCCAUACGUUGAAGCAACAAUUCUUGAAAUCCAUCGAUGUGCUAAUGUCAUUCCACUUGGAGUACCUCGCCUAGUCAACACGGAUACGAAUAUCAAUGGUCACAUCAUACCUAAAGGUACCACAGUGAUAGCAAAUAUAUGGGCCAAUCAUAUGAAUGAGAAGAAGUGGUCAAAUCCAUACAAGUUUAACCCAGAUAGAUUCAUGGGCGAUGGCAUCGCAAACAAGAACCACGUUAUUCCAUUUAGCAUUGGUUUGCGUGCUUGCCCCGGUCAAGACUUGGCUAAAAUGGAUAUAUUUCUCAUCACAACACGACUGAUUCAAAAGAGCCAAACAUUUAGACCACAUUAUAAGAAAUUGGUGGAUAUUCGAAGUAUGUAUGGUGGCAGACCAUUUCUAACACUGACUGCCACAGCAACAAAUGAUAUUGUAAAUAGGAUCCUAAUGCAUUUGCACUUUAAAAGAACAGCCAUGGAGGUUGUUGCGGUUGUGCCUGAUAGGUCCAUUGCCCAAUGUGGUGCAGUGUAUGCUGCUUUGUGUAAUGUAGUGAUACUAUUGUGCAGGGGAAAAGAUUGA